AUUUUAAAUUCCGGUGAUCGCCACUCGCGGCAACUCUCGUUUGAACCACAAUCUUCGAAUUAACAAUGUCAGAAGGAACAUCACACUUGAUCGAUUCGCAUAGCGAAGGGGAUCAAGAUGCAUCUCUUCAUCCCCUCGCCCUUCGUCUCCGUGAAAUCUUGAACUUGUGCUCCAAAUCAGUCAAAACUGGAGAUUUAAAUGAGUCCGCAGAAGCCGUUUCCAAGGUCGUUGAUUUCCUAAACUCUGUCAGCAGUGCCGCUGUAUCCGACCCUGACAGCCAGGAUUCGAAGGAGAAGGAUGCAGUAAUGGUUCUGACUGAGCUAAUGCGCUUCAUUAGCUCUCCUUCACUGGACCAGGAAGUGAUCGAUGCCUUGUCGUUUGAGUUGCCCAAGGCAGUUGCCAAGUUCGGAGGAGUGUCUCAUAAAUGCCAGGAGCUUGUCGAAAGUUUAGUAAGCCACCUUAUAUCAACUUGCAAUCCACGGGAUAUGCUUUCGGUUCUCUGCGAUGCAUUAGGUUCCCCUGAUAAGAUGGUCUUGACACCUGCUUACGUUGUUCCUAUUCUGACUGGGCUUUCAAAAGUCUUUCUUUGCAUUCAGAGACGUGUCUUUGAACAAUUAAAAGCAGCAGUCCCUGGAAUCCUGAAUGCUCUAAAGGUUGUGUCUUCAGAGUUGGAUGAUGAAGAGAAAAAUUCCAUUACGGAUUUGAUUAGCAGAGUAAUAGGCAUUGCCACUUCUAUGCAGUCAGCUUCCCAAAAGUUGGAGGGCAGAAGAAAAGAAGAGCUCAAUGCUCUACUUGGCCUUUUUGUGCUGCAAAUAAUGGCUCUUCUUUCACGGGGCAUGACAAACGAACUUCAAGUGCAAAGCUGUGUUCCCCUGGUGGUUCAACUGUCACGCUUCCUUCCAGUUUGUGGUUUGUCAUAUAUUGGUCUUAUAACUGGAUGUGACAUUGAUGCCUUCACUAACAGUGUUUGUGGAGAGGACAGUGAUGAUGAUUAUGCAAGUUGCUUUUCCUAUGUCAAGCAUGGAGGAGCUCUUACAGUAAUCUGGGGCUAUACCUAUGAUGAGGUUUCAAAGGCUGCUGAGGAGGAUUUGGCUGGAGUCAAGGAUAAACUUUGUAGUAGUAAAACUAAAACGUGGGAAGCUGUUGGCAUGCUAAAAUACAUACUCUCCUCAGUGGAUCAACCAUGGUUACUAAAGAAACAUGCUAUUGACUUCUUAUUGUGUAUUAUGGACAGAAAUACCUCUCAAAACUGUAUUGAUGACCAUACAGAUUGCUUAAUCUAUAUGCCUAGUCUUUUUUCUUCCAUAAAGGCAAUUGAAAUGGUCAUAAUAUAUGCUCCAGAUGCAGAAUUAAGGAAGAAUGCUUUUUCUGCUUUGAAGAGGGUACUUGCUGAUAUUCCAUCUUAUCAAAGGUUUGACAUUUUAAAGGGUUUGCUUACAAAUAAUAACUUUCCUUCCAUGAUUGCAAUUCUUUUAGAUCUUGUUAGAGAGGAAAUGCGAAAAGAUAUAGAAAUCAUAAAAGUAGAGAAUACUGCUGAUAAAAGCACGCCAUUUUGGAGUGCUGAUGUCCUUGAAUUUGUGGAGCUGGUCCUGAAGCCUCCAAAGGGAGGGCCUCCUUCCCUUCCUGAGGAUAGUGAUGCGGUAUUAUCCGCUCUCAACUUGUACAGAUUCAUAUUGAUAUCUGAGUCAACAGGAAAGACAAACUACACUGGGGUGCUAUCAGAGAACACUUUACGUAGGGCUUACAUGGAGUGGCUUCUACCUUUGCGGACGUUAGUUACAGGGAUUAUGGCAGAAAAUGAGAAGGAUUACUGUCAGCUUGCAUUUGACAUAGUAUGUGGCUUAAAUCCCAUUGAGUUGGUUUUGUAUCGCUGUAUUGAACUCAUUGAAGACAAGCUGAAGAAUCCUGCUUAACUCUGGUCU